AUGCAGUUCUCUCAGCUCCUUUUGGCCUCCCUCGCCGCUGUCCCAGCCGUUCUGGCUGCCCCCGUUGCCGGCACAUCCAUGAUGGCCGCCAGCUCUACUUGGACUAUCGACAACAUGAAGCGUGUCUGCAAUGCUGCCGACACCUCCUGCACCUGGACCUUUGGCAUUGACACUGGUUCCGGCACCGCUACCUCCUGCAAGUUCGUCGUGGCGGGCACCACCGCCUCAGAGCUUAACGGUGGCCCCGCUACCUGCGGCGACUUCACCGUCACUUCUGGCUGGAGUGGACAGUUCGGUGCCGGUAACGGCUUCACCACCUUGGCUGUUGUCGACAACGCCAGCCGCCAGAUCAUCUACCCUGCCUACACCGAUGUUCAGCUUGACACUGGCAAGGUUGUUAAGCCCGACCAGAGCUACACUCCCGCCAACCUUCCCUAG